AUGCUGUGCUGUGCUGUGCUGUGCUAUGCUAUGCUAGGAUGCGCAGGCAUCCUGGACAACAACUCCAUCGCCUCCAUGGACUGGAACGACUGGAUGAUGAGCGAGUCCUCUGCGUCAUCGUCAUCCUCAGACGGGGGAGAGGGAGCGACGACGCUGCUGGGUGGCGGCAACGACGGUGACGGCAGCGGCAGCGGCGACGGUGGCCCGGCGGCCGCCGCCACCGCUGCAGCAGAAGCUCUGGCGACAUCGAGCCCAACUUCACCUCAUGGCGGCCUGGAUACCGGCGUGGCGAUCACCAUUCGGAUCGCGUUCUACGCCGUCGCGGCGGCCUUCGACAGGCGGCAGCUGGAGACACGGCUACGGGCGGUGUACGGCAGCCAGGCCGUACGGAAGUACCCGGACGUGAUCCACUGCCAGCUGGGCCGGGGGCGCGAGGAUCAACCAGGUACGGAUGUGUUCUUCUUCGACUACGGCGUCGUGGCGUGCUGGGGCCUCUCGCCCGAAGUGGAGCGGGACCUAGUACAGAACGUUGCCGUACAGUGUGCCGUACAACCGCUGAGUGAGCGGGACCAGGAGCGCGACGUAUUCCGGUGCACCUUCGCAACCAAUCCGUCAAACGGAGUCCACCAGCAAACGGAGGUCAAACACGGGAAAGGGGGCGGCACCGCCGUCACCGCCGCCGCCGCCGCCGCUGAUGCCGCCGCCGCCACCCAGCUCGCGGAGGAGCUCAAAGCAGCCGCCGCGGCCGCUUCGCCAGCGUCGUCGUCGGCGGCGGCGACGCCAGCUGGCACUGAUGCGCUGGGUUCCGUGCUCGAUGUGGAUUUCGGUAGCAGUACGACAAACGUUACGACAAGCAAUCGGCGUUAUACUCGGAGGGCGGAGCGCAGCGGUGGUGCGACCGCCGCCGUCGGCGGCGCCAUUGCUGUCGUACCGCCACAGCCGUCAGUGGAGCCCCAGACCCAGGUGGCGCCGGCGGCCGUACUGGGGCCGUACUCCGUACUUUCAUUCCCGCCAAAAAUUGCCGAUGACACGGUCUUGCUUCAUGUACGGCACUGUGGCGACAUCGCCACGCUGCUGGCGGUCAGUUACGCCCUGGCGCAGUCCACCAAGUUGUCGGCCUUCGAAAAGGCCGUGGAGGCGAUGGUGAAGGAGACCCAAGGCCUUCCCGAGGCGCUGGCGGAGCACGGGGAGGUUCACUUGUCCGGGAAGGAGAUCGGCAGACUCAUCGGGAAGGUGUUUGUGUUGAAGCGCUCCGUGAACUUGUUGGGCAGUGUGGCGGAGACCCCCGAGUUUUUCUGGUACGCACCUGACCAGCUGCAGGAGAUGUUGGAGUUACUCCGAGCUCAGGAGGAGAACCGCCACGGCAACCGACUUGAACUGGUGGUCAUCUGGCUGAUCGUGGUGGAGGUGGUGUUGGGUUUCUUCGAGCUGUUGGAGCUGUUCGGGGUCAUCGGACCGAAACACGGCUUCUAG